AUGGAACAUUGGCCUGCGGAUGAACGACACAAAACAUUGCCUGUAAAGAAACAGGCCCGGGGAAGGGGAAACAAAAGGCUCCAAGUUCACGACACUCAGUAUUGGAAUCGUCCUUCCCUCGAUUAUGGAACCUUUGGUAGUGCGACCCUCGUGUCAUCUGACGGACGGCUAGCUUGGACAACUGUUGUUGAUACAUCAAAUGCUCGAAGAGUGACACCAGUUGAAGCGGGGCGUUGUAUUUUUCCAGCCACUCGACCUGUGAAUCCGACGCCAAGUCGUCUUGCGCAGUGGAGGCGAAUCGAAGAAGGACUCAACUUCGUUAGAACAUGUUUCCCGGACGCCGAUUUCCCUGCGGAGCUCAUCAAGGCGGAAUUCCAGUCCGACGAACGACAAAACCGAGAGUUAAAAGUCUACGAUCCUUUGAGAGGCAAUCUCAUUAGCAUUGUACCAUCUUCUAGCACCCCUCAAACAUCACUAAUUCUCUUUCCGGUGGGAGAAACCAGCAAUGAAUUGAAUAUUUCAUUUAUAUCCGCUACUAAUUCCGACUCUACUUUUCACGCGCCUGGGCACGCUGCGUCCAAGUUCGAGACACCUAUUCUCCAGAUCUCAACUCCAAAUGCAUCGAAUUCACCUCUGAAGCACGGCACCAAUCCUGUUUUAGUCAGAACACUCUCCGCAACAUCUCUGUUGAGCAUUGAAUCGGCGGAUGAAGGCACCGACUUCAAGGCCACAAGGGAGGUGGACAUAUUAUCUGAUGACACAGGAGGCAAAAGCGUAGUAGAUGCUGCAUUUUCACCCCAUGACUCGGAUAUCAUUGCUGUGAACACCUCUGGAGCACUUUACAACUGCAGUAUAUAUCAAGGAGCGAAAGCUGUGCGGCGCAUAGGGGUUAACCAAGUUCGUUUUGAGAACACAAACGGAGACCAAUUUUGGAGGCUUCGUCCGUCUGACCAAGGCUACUUCCUAGCGUCAAGUAGCUGCAUUCAACAUCUCGAUUUCAGGUUGGGCUCUGUUGUGACAUCUUUUGACUGGUUAGAGCGAGAACAUCUCCUCACCAUUUCGACGACAUCGGAGCUCCUAUGGUUGGACAAUCGGUACCCGAAGAAAAUGCUUCUGAGCUUCAAGCACAACCGAGCGCGUGAUAGAUCGCUCAAUGUCAGAGCUGUACAGUUAGACAGCGGCCCUCUGACUUUCUUAAGUUCGCUUAAAAGCGGACUCAUCACUAUUUAUGACGUGUCUCGAGGAAAUGACAAUCUGAUCCACUGUCAUUCCGUUCCAACAUCUUUACCUCACGACGGAGAUAUGGGUGCGUCUGAGGCGGAAAGUACAUUUUUUGUCCAGCCCGAUAGGUCCACCUUUUCCCUCUUGCGGCUCUCCGGACAAGGCAGUCUCCACUGCCAAGACUUUGCUGUAUAUCGCAAUGGCAUGGACGUACUUCCAAGACAGACUAGUGGCACUAGCCACGAAUGGUCCGCCGAUGUGCAGAAACUAGCUCAAAGAGCAAAGGAGCUUCAACCUCAGUACGGGCCACUGAGCGCAAGGCAUUUCUCAGAGUUAAACCUACGGACUGCGUAUCAGAAAAUUUUCGUUACGGGGGGUGUUAAAGAACAAGCUGCCUCCGAGGGCGAACUUGCCGUGAUAACAGAGAAGCUAUCUCAGUUUUGGGAAAGGACAAAUAAUUCUGACAAGGCAAUGUUGACCUUGUAUGAUGUCUGCCUUAGCGCUGACGAAGAGCCAGACGAAGCUUCACGAGCGAACUUUUUUGCUGGCGGGAUCAUCAACUCGAAUCAUGGGUACAAAACGCUUGUACGCAACGAGCUACCGGUUCAGGAAAUUACGAGUGGUGCAGCAUGGUCUUGCGAUUUCAAGCCGUUUCUCUGCCGUAUGGGGCUUGGUCGCGUGGACCACUGGCAGGAGAUGCAUAGUGCUCUGGAAGCCUUCAGUUUGUCAUACUCGAACGAUGCCCCUGGGACAUUCGUGCAACAAGAGGAAGAGUCACGAGAACAGCUCAUCCUCGAUUUGGCCCUUUCUAGCAUGGUAUUUUCAGCUCAACCUGUUUCCAUGCCCGCUGCUCCGAUCCAAGUUGACGAUGUGGAGAUUAUGUCUCUUGCCGCAAAAUCUCUAAUACUUGACGACGAACUUCCCGAAAUUCAGUUUGGCUACCUGCGUCCAUAUCCCAAGCUUUGUAUCGACCAUUACCCUGAUGCUUCCAGGGACAAGGACGCUGUCGCAGAACCUGCGCAGGAUUGGGAGGUUGGAACGGACGUCGAGUCCUAUACAUAUCAUGAUCCAUACAACACAGAAGGCGACGAUUCUAUUGCUCCUUCCCGAGAACGGGCACUCCCCACCGCACCGGUUGCUACGCAAACGACGACUACAACAUCACAACGCCCUCCGCUGAUUGUUAAUCACUGGGGAAGGUCCGGCACCCAGCCUCAAGCCUCCCAAGAAUUGAUGACGAGUACCCAAGUGUUACCUGGACCGUAUGGUGGUCGAAAUGCUCCGAAUAAGAAGCUUGUGAAGAAGAGGCUGGAUCACGCCCGGCCUUUCUCGACACGGACUGGCAGAGGCACGAAACUGGACUUUUCGUCUGGUCCAGCAAGAAGAGUUAUGGAUGGAACAAGCCCACCAAUAAACCCCUGGUUCAACAGGGAUGGUUUCAACGACGUUCUGAAGCGAAAUAAGCCAGUGGUCUGCGCUCUCUCAGCUAGCUACAUUUCAACCUUUGUUGGAUAUCCAUUGGAUUCUUUGAAGUCGAGACUACAGACCACCAAGACAAGGAUGCCAGUACUCAAGCUUGCUGGUAUCGUCUAUCGGGAAGAAGGAGUAACCGGCUUCUAUAGAGGUCUCUGGAUACCGCUUGUCACGAUUUCGUUUGUCCGUGCUGCUUCAUUCACAAUAUACAGUAGUACAAAAGAAUACUGUCGUAAAAACAACUAUUUUACAGGUGAUAGAGCUUCUGAUGCUGCUCUCGCGGGCGGUCUCAGUGGCGCCUUGUCUGGAUCAUUGAUUUCAUUUACCAGUGCACCCUUCGAACUUGUCAAGGUUCGAAGGCAACUGGAAUAUAGCAUAGCCGCAACUAAAGGCGUACAAAUGGUUAAACCCCCAAAUACUAUCGAUGCUGUCCGAGAAAUUUUUCGAACUCACGGGCUGUCCGGGCUCUGGAUAGGGUUCCGUCUCCACUUUGUGCGAGAUACGGCUGGCACUGCUUUGUACUUUUUUGAAUAUGAUGCUAUGCGACAUCUAUUGGGCCGCCAGCGCUCGGGAGAGCAGGGACCAACACCAGCAUGGCUGCCGAUACCCACAUCCUUGAUUCCCUUCGUCUGUGGUUCGCUGGCCGGCGUGUCUUCAUGGGCAUUGAUAUAUCCGCUUGAUGUGUUAAGUAAAGACCAAGUCCAGCAACGUGCUUUAGCUGGCACUCCUCCGAAAGGAGUAUGGGAAACCCUCCGUCGCCUCGUGCGCGGUCCGGAUCCUAAGGAUCCAAAGCCAGUCCUUGCUGGCAUAGCACGCAUAUAUCGCGGUCUCGGCGUCAGUGCAGUGCGGAGCAUCACGACGCACGGGCUUCUCUGGACGUUAUUCGAUAUCACGUCGCAUUAUAUCGAUCAUCUACACUGA